AUGCUUCGCCGCCCGGCAACUUCCCUCACCAUCACGUCCGAGGACGUCGCGGCCUACGAGGACCGCCGCAGCCGCGAGGCCAUCGCCCUCGACCAGCAGCAACGGCAGCAGCAGCAGCAGCAGCAGGGGCAAGAUGGCACCACCGCCUCCGGCAGCCCCAGCGCGGAGGACGUGCUUCGGCGGGCACGCGAGGAGAGAAUCGGCGUGGGGAGGAGGCGCGGUGCUUGA